AUGACCCCUUAUGCUCUCACCUAUGGCCAUGAUGCUAUUCUACCUAUGGAAAUAGCAGUCCAGUCUCUCAGAAUAGCUCAUCAACACAAUCUGGUUGGGGAAGACUAUUCCCAAGCCAUGCUGCUAGAACUGGAAGGAUUGGAUGCAAGUAGGAUUGAUACCCUCAACAAGCUCUUAGUAGGAAAACAGGCUGUAUCAAGGGCCUAA